UCCAUUUGUUACGGCGGUUGCGUCGCGCUAACGGCUCCGAGACGCGAAAGCAAACGCGAUCUGCUAUGUGUCAUAGCGAAGAAAGGCAGUAAAUACACGGGAAACGUCCAUCUGAGAGGAAGGUGGUGAUCAUGGCUUCUCUACAUUUAUCCUCUAAAUGCCUGAAUGCGAUGGCCGUGUCUACAAUCCCAGUCAAGCUCUUUCUAUGGGGGUUUCUAAUCGCCCAUCUUCCUUUGAGCUCUGUCCAGUCGGAAAGCGACGAUGAUGAAGUGACAAACAAAACGUGGGUUCUGACCCCCAAAGUGUACGAGAGUGACGUCACACAUAUUUUGAACAGCUUGCUAGACGGCUAUGAUAACAAGCUGCGGCCGGACAUAGGAGUCAAACCAACAGUGAUUCACACGGACAUGUUUGUCAACAGUAUUGGUCCAGUCAAUGCCAUAAACAUGGAGUACACCAUUGACAUCUUUUUCGCUCAGACCUGGUAUGACAGACGGUUGAAAUUCAACAGCACUAUGAAGGUGCUUCGUCUUAAUAGCAACAUGGUUGGCAAAAUCUGGAUCCCUGACACAUUUUUCCGCAACUCCAAGAAGGCAGAUGCCCAUUGGAUCACCACACCCAAUCGGAUGCUUCGGAUAUCCAAUGAUGGGCGUAUACUGUACACUUUGAGGUUGACCAUCGACGCAGAGUGCCAGCUUAAACUGAAUAACUUCCCAAUGGAUGAACAUUCAUGUCCCCUGGAGUUCUCAAGCUAUGGUUACCCCAAGGAGGAGAUCGUAUACAAGUGGAAGCGCAGCUCCGUGGAGAUCGGGGACAUCCGCUCCUGGCGUCUGUACCAGUUCUCCUUCGUUGGCUUGAGAAACACCUCAGAGGUCGUCAGGACCGUGUCAGGAGAUUACGUGGUGCUGACAGUCUUCUUUGACUUGAGCAGGAGAAUGGGUUAUUUCACCAUCCAGACGUACAUCCCCUGUACUUUGAUUGUUGUCCUGUCCUGGGUCUCAUUCUGGAUUAACAAGGAUGCAGUUCCAGCCAGAACCUCUUUGGGAAUCACAACCGUGCUCACCAUGACCACACUGAGUACCAUCGCUAGGAAGUCCUUACCCAAAGUGUCGUAUGUCACAGCUAUGGAUCUCUUCGUAUCCGUGUGCUUUAUAUUUGUUUUCGCUGCUCUGAUUGAGUAUGGAACGCUGCAUUACUUUGUGAGCAACCGCAAACCCAGCAAAAACAAAGACAAGAAGAAGAAGAAUCCCCUCCUCCGGCUCUUUUCCUCAAAGCAGGCCCCCACCGUGGACAUCCGCCCGCGCUCGGCCACCGCCAUCCAGAUGAACAACGCCACCCACAUGCAGGAGCGCGACGAAGAGUACGGGUAUGAGUGUCUGGAUGGGAAGGACUGCACCAGCUUCUUCUGUUGCUUUGAAGACUGUCGUUCUGGAGCGUGGCGGCACGGGCGCUUGCACAUCCGCGUUGCAAAGAUAGACUCUUACGCCCGCAUUUUCUUUCCUACUGCAUUCGGUUUAUUCAACCUAGUUUACUGGGUUUCCUAUCUGUAUCUCUAAAACACACCCUACAUUUGUUAGGCAGGCCUUAUUUUAUGCUACAGAUUCCAGCAAGACCAUUUCUUCUAAACACGAACCCACGUGAAAACAUUUUAGUUGCGUUGUUGUUUAUUUUUAUUUAUUUUAUUUUUUUAUGUGCGUGUGUGUAUUAAGAUGAUUUUGUGUUUAUGUAAAACAUGAGUUCUUUGUUUGUCUAUGUUUACAUUUUUUCUAGCGAGUAUAUCUUGUGCACAAAGCAAAAGAUGUAGCAAAAAAAAAAAAAAACUAAAAAAAAAAAAAGAUUUGCAAAGUGGCAAAGUACACAAACCUCCAUUCGUGGGCUCACGCCUGAAAUCAUUAAGAGGCAAAAAAAAAAAAAAAAACGAAACUCGGAGGUACUGCAUGUCUACAUUUCCUAUUAGCCCCUAAAUAGUGAGCUCUUGCACAAAGAGUUGAGAUUUUGGGAAACCAUAUCCAAACGCAUGGCUGCCAGGCCUAUAUGAGAUAAACCAAUCAAAUACAAAAAAAAAAACUUGACCUAGGAUUAUAAUUAUUUUUGCAUUCUUAAUAUAUUAAAUGUAAAAAUUUAAGUGUUUGAAAUUUCUAUGCCAUUGGUUAACCCUGGAGUUUUUCAUGUGUGGUCACGGCUGGUUAAAUGUAUGGUCAUCUGUACAAACGUUGUAAAUAGUUGAAUACUGUAUAAUGUAGUGAUAUACAUCAUACUGCAUGCACAUUUCAGGCCAAAAAAGAGCAAAUAUUUAAAGUAUUCUAUCAUUAGUUUAUAAAAGGAAAAAAGGGUCAGGAAAGCUCAACUUGAACAGUUCAGUGUACAUUUUCCAUUAUUUAUGACUACUUAUAGAUAUCUGUCAUUUAUACUGUAGAUGCACAACUAUGUUGUUACAUGUACAAAAAUACUCAAUGACUGUUUUAAAUAGUGCAUCCUGGACUUUUGGUUAUGAGUUUCUUGUCCAUACUUGGAUAGGUGUGGAAUGCACCUGCAAAAUAAUUAACAACUAGACGUUAAUUCCAGUCAUCUUUUGAGUUACAAGUUGCUGGGGUGAGUAUUCUAAUACUGCCAUACAGUGGCCCCAAAAGUAUGUGGAAACUUAAGACCCUCUUGCCUGAAUGCCAUUGCAUUAGAUUCAAAAUUCAAAGUGACAUAACAAAUGCUACUAGAGGAUUUCUUAGAACUAACUUAACUUUUCUGAGCCAGUUUUGCUAAUUUUAGAAAAUGUUGCAGUCAAGACAAACUUUGAUGCUGGCUUGAAAAGUUGAAGUUGAAGUUCAGCCUUGUCUGAAAGUUGAAAAUUGUUUUAAAAGCUCCAACAGAAAAGGUCAGAUAGAUACGUCAAUGCAAGUCUAUGGGAUUUUUGGCCACUUUGAAGGUCAGAUACAGAAAAACCUAAAGUCUGAUCAAUGAAAAAAGACAUAUCACACAAAGUCAUAGCAGUCUCAAGGUCUGUACCAAUUUUGGUGAAUGAAGCUUGAAAGCUGAAGGAGGAAUUAGUGUCAGAAAUGUUGGUCUUUGUUUAGGGAUUUUGGAAAAACCUUAAACAAGUCUGUCAAGCCAACAAAACUAUGGACACAUUCCACUGAGUUUGAUACUAGACUAUUAUUUGUCUCGUUGUGAACAUUAGCUCUAUUGUUUUAUAAUUUACAGUUAAAACUAACAAACUUAUAUUUGUGAAAUGUUUUGCUUAUGCUAUCUCUGUUUAAAAUGAAUGGCACAUGCUUUGAUAUUUUUUAAUUUAAUGCAAUGACAUUCAGACAUUUUUAAUUGUGACUUAAAUGCCCAAAAACUUGUUGGGGUCACUGUACAUACGCAAGUCUACUGAUAGACCUUUCUAACAAAUUUAACUUAGUAAGAUGGAAACAAACUACUAUACGAUACAGUAGUUUUCCUAUAAAAGAACCAUCUUGGGAAACAGAAAAUUUCUACAUGCAUUUAUUUAUUUAUUUAUUUUUUAAUUUAUUGUAUUUAUUUAAAAAAAAAAAAAAAAAAUCAAGAGUCUAUACCAUGCAUUUCACUUGAGAGAAAAAAAAAGCUCUUAUUUCAGUGAAUUUUGUAGAAUAUCUGUAGAUGUUACUCAGCUGUUUUUGUUGUAAUUUGCAAAAUGACAUUCAAGCAUGUAUUAUUUAAUAUUAUAUUUACAACAUUAGCAUUGUUGAUUACAUACAUAGGAAACAAACCAAUUCCAAAACAUACUGAACCAUCAACGGUAACACUUUACAAUAAGGUUACAUUCAUUAAGUAAGGGAUAAUGUACAGUCAGCCAGUUGUUAUCGCAAAUUAUUACACGGCUCUCUGGAAGACUCGAUUCUGGUUGGUCAAUGGCGCCAUCAAAUGGUCUGAUAUUUCUGAGUAACAACCGGACUUCCGGGGACUAAGACAUAGCAGACCAGUCAUUGCAAAUGAUCUUUCAUACUUUUCGCAUCACUGUGUGAUCUCUACAAUUAAGCUAAUAAAAUAAUUCAAAUCAAUGUUUCAUGUCCAUUAUUUUUUUUUUUUUUAUUUGCCAAGUAGUCUUGUAAUAAGCUGUAUAUCGGGGCCCUGUUUAACCUGUCAGGUUUUAUUUUGGGAUAGCAACUGGCUGACUGUACAUUAUCCUGCUUAUUACAUGGCUGCAAACCAAAUAAAUAAAUAAAUGGACAUAAAAUACAGAUUUGCGUUGAAAUUAUGCCAUUAUGUGAAAAGAAAUAAAACGAUGAGCAGCUGAUUUGCACCUCCGGUUUGCGUUGAAGUUCUGUUGGUGUUUAUUUUGUAAAGUAAUGACCGUGACUGCUCAUUAUCCAGCUUAUUACAAGACUACUUGCCAAAUAAGUAAAUGGAAAUGAAACAAUGAUUUGAGUUGAAACUAUUUUAUUAGCUUACUCGCAGAGAUCGCGCAGUGAUCUAUCCUGAGAAGUAAGAAAGAUGACCGUUCUGAGUAUUCCAGAGACCCGUGUAAUAGCAUUAAUUAAUGCAUUAGGUAUCGUGAACUAACAAUGAACGAUAUUUUUAUUUAAUUAUUUCUUUGGUAAUGUUAGUUAAUAAAAAUACAAUUGUUCAUUGCUAGUCCAUGUUAGUUCAUAGUGCAUUAACUAAUGUUAAUACAACUUUAGAUUUUUUUUAAAUGUAUUACUAUAUGCUGAAAUUAAUCAAUAUUAAUAAAUGCUGUUAAAGUAUUGUUCAUUGUUAGUUCAUGUUAACUAAUGUUAACAAAUGGAACCUUAUUGUUAAGUGCCACCCAAUCAACUUAAAAAAUCUCACCCCAAUCCCACAGUAACUAUGUUUAUUUUUGGACUAGGACACCACUGUUUAAGCAUUAUCGCACAAAAACAAAAGUGAAACAAACACCAAAACAAAUGCAAAAAACAAACAAACAAAAAAACAAAAAAAAAAACACUGUGGAUGAAAAUAUUACACUUGUUGAAUGUUUUAGGGUACAAGCAAGUGUAAAGAUCACUUUCCACUGCUGAAGCGAACAUAAUACUUUUCUUUCUUAUUUUUGCAAUUUUUAUCCAACUUUUUGUCUAACUAAUUGGACAAGUGCAACUGUUUGGUAGCAAAAACUACAGAUAAGCUAAAUGUUUCUGAUUAUUACAUAAUCUUGACCUGUAGAACAUGCAACAUAAAACUAUACAGUUCGUAAUUUCCCAACCCUAUGCAUUAAUGUUGCAACUGAACACUGCAUUCAGUAUGGUUGUGCAUUUUGUGGAUAUGAAAGCAUCUUGAUCUAUUUGCAUUAUACACGUGAGCAUGGUUAAUCUUUGACUUGUUUUUAUUCAUCCUAAAAUGAGCUGUCAUUAAGAGUCUCUUAAAUAUCCUCUCUUGAACAAUAUCAACUUUACCAUCAGCUCCCAGUAGAAUCCUUUUUGUUUUUUGUUUUUUUGUUAAUAAGCCUCCCUUACUCAUAUCAGAGCUUAAUCUUUUUGCACAUACGAUUUGUAGAGCCGAGCUCAGUUCAAAUCAACAGCCAGACCCCAGAGACGUCACAAAGUCAUGAAAAAUGUCCUGUUUUAAAGGUAUAAUUCACUAUAGAUAACCAUAGAUGAGUCACAUGGUACUUAUGGUUGGUGCUUUUUACUGAUUUCAUUCCUCAACUGGGUUAGCAAUAGGAUCAUGUGAAAGUGCAUAUCAUUUUAGUGCCAAAAUAUGAACCAUUUUGUAUUGUACCUAAAUGCCCUAUGUUUCACUAAUCAGCCCAUAUAUCUUUGCAGAUUGGUAAAAAAAAUUGGAACAUACUAUUGGUGUAAUGUAGAAUUACAAGUUCCACAUCAAGUUCAACCUUAAAUGAAGUUAUACACCCCUAUCUGUUAUUCUUGUGAUUAAAUAUUCACAUUACAAUAUAUCACACUAGAUCUUGGGUAUAAUACAUGUGAAGGAAGAAAAUUGAUAUUAAUGAUUUAUUUAUUUUGAGGAAUUCCCAAAUUUUAAAGACCUCAAUUUGGCGCAGCAGGGAUUUACAAAACAGUUUGACAGUGACAGUAUUUUAUUAUUAUUAUUAUUAUUAUUAUUAUUAUUAUUAUUAGGUAUUCAACCCCUUUACCAAUUCCCUCAUUUGAUUUUAAAUCUCAUUUUAUUUUUUAAAGUUCCUUAAUUUAUUUUGAUAUGCUAAUGUGACAUUAUUUAUGCUAAACAUAUGCAUUUCACUUGAAAUGGGCAAGUAUUACAAUCAAAAAGUACCAAAGUACCAUUUUGUACCUUGGAGAGCCAUGUAAAUAUCAUAGUUCAUGAAUAUGUUAAUCAUUCAAUACCAUUGUAUAUAUCAAAGUACCAUGGUUUUACUAUCUGAUAUCAUCACUGCACUAUUGUGCUGCUAUAGUACUUUUUGUAUAAUGGAUGUACCAGCUUCACACUCUGUCCAGGUGUAAUUUUCACUCAUUCUUCCUUACACAUUUGCUCCAGGUUGUUUAGGUUAAAUGAUCAUUGUGCACCCCAAUUUUCAAAGACUAAAAAGCAAAAGUUUUCACAUGGUUCUGUUUGAGCAAUGGGUUGUUUAGUGCCACCAUACACAGGUCAGUGUUAGAGAUAUUGUUACAUCUCCUUUACUCUAGUAGUGAAGCUCUGAAGCACCCUCAACGUUUCUUAACUUUUGCUUUUCCUACAAGUCCCCUUCAUGUUAAUGCAGAUUUGAGGAAGUUUUGAUGUUUUAAACUUCUAUUGCCUGAUAAAUGAAUGAUCAGUAUAUCCAAACACUGUAGUCUUGUCCUAAUAUCUUCCUAAUUUAACCUCUUUGAAAAGCUCUUUAAUCUACAUUUUCACAAUUAGCCUUUACAAUCAGCCUGCAUUAUGAUUCUUUAACUAGGGAUUUGUGGUAGUUAUUUUAAUCAUUGAUAGAGAGAGAGCAAUUGUAAGGUAAUUAUGAUUUUUUUAUUUUUUUAUUUCAUUAUCACAUAUCACAUAUGUGUGUGUGUGUGUGUGUGUGUGUGUGUGUGUGUGUAUAUAUAGGUGUAUAUAUAUAUAUAUAUAUAUAUAUAUAGCUAAAAUGUGUAAUUUAUGCACCACUAAUGCCACCAAAUGCAAAUGCCAGCCUGAUCUCAUGACAAUUACGUGACUGUGGCAAAAUUUUUACAAAAUGAAAUUACAUGGUUUAUUACACGUUUCGCUGCAAUUUAGAGGUGAAAUGUCCACUGAGGGGCACUAGAAGCAAGUUAAAUGUUCUCCCAAAAAGAUGUUUUUAAUGUUAAUGCUCUAUGCAGUUUUAAAUGAACAAAACCUACCAUCCUACCAUAAACCUUUAACCUAAACCUAACCAAUAGUGUCAUAAAAAGCAAAUGUGAGGUGAUAGAGCAUAAACCUUAAAAACCUUUUUUUUUUUUUUUUUUUUUUUUUUUUGGAGUUGUAAAUAAAGUAAAUGUGAGGUGAACAAUGUGAGUAAAAACAAAAAAAAAAAAUAGCUGAAUCAAUCAGUGGCGCUUCUAUGACACUUUCAAUUCACAUGUCGACUCACGUGCUGUGCUGGUAUUGAACAGGUGUCUUCUGCGUUCUAAGUCUAACAAUCUAUCAGUCACGUUUAAAUUAGUUUGUAAAUGUAGUUGGUUAUGUAAUGCAAGGGUAAAAAUUUGUUGUCUCUUAAAUCUGUGUAAGUGUUUCGAUCUCAUAAGAUAGUAUUGUGUGGGGAACAGACUGAAAACUAAGUGUUUAUUAAGUGUUAAUCUGGCAUUUUACUCGGAAUUUGAGUGAAAGUGAAUACAAGUUGUUGUUGUUGGGCCUCUAGUGUUCAUUUCACCAGAAAACUGCAGUGAUACAUAAAAUGAAGGUAAAACUCAUUUUGCAAAAAUGAGUUAUAGUAAUGUGAUUCUAUGAGUCCAGUGGCCUAUAUCACAAAGCAGGAUUAAGCAGCUAGCUAGGUAAAUUUAUAAUUAGUUUGAGCAAACUCUGAAUUUGCGGUACCAGUAAAGUGGAUAGGUUUUCGUCAAGGUUCAUCUGCAUAGUGACAUGCGCUACACAGCUAACCUGCUCCAGGGCAGGUUAUUUUGCUGAUCAGAGAUCUCAUACAGAUACAGAUAUGGAUGUUCAAACAAACAUCAUGAAACAGAGCCACAGUGUUUACACUUUUGCAGUGAAUCAGCCUAUAAAAUGCUAACUUAGUUAUCUUUGUAUUUUAAGCUGGGAAGUAUUUUAAUAAUAAUAAAAAAUUGCUUUGAUUUCAAGUUGAAAUAAAUGUUCAACAUUUCUAAGUAAUACAGUUAAAUGAGUGAACUGGUUAAAGGUCUGAAUACUAUUGCAAGGCACUGCAUAAGCUUCUUGCAAAAAAAGAGAGUCUGUUUGGGGUGGAAAAAAAACAUAAUUUACCUCAACAUAAAAGACGAGAAUGUGAGUUGAUAGAGAAAAUUAAUAACCAAUGUCUUGAUACCAUUUAACCCUGAUAAGCCUGAUAGGUUUAAGUGGCUUUUGUCAAACUUAAACCAAUCCUGGAAUCCUGAAUUUUCAACUUUCAGCGUGAUACAUUGCAUAGGUUGGGAAUUGCAAAGUAUGCAUUAUGCUUUCGAACAGGCUUCCUGAACACGCCACCCGCCUGCUAUUGGUCGAACAAACAGAUAGUCCCACCCCAAACUCACAUUAUUGGUCAAGUCAGUGUGUCUGUUAGCAGGUCAGAGGCCUGUUGCCGAAGCUAGUUGUUUUAGAGUAGGUUUCAGUUUGACAAAACAAGAUAGAGCUAAACCAAGGUAAACAAUAUUAAAACUAUCGCUAUAAACCUUCUCUGUCAACUCAGAGUUUGAUUCUGAGCUCAUGAUUAACCCUGAAGCACGUGUAUAUGAAUGUGACAUGAGAUCAUUAUGAAAAUAUGAAGAAUUUAAACAUUUAUACAGCAAGAAAAAACCCAGCUGCUGCUGUAGAAGUUUGAGAUGACUUGUGGAAAAAAUAAUUGAAUAUAAUGAGUAAUUGAAUUAAUAUAGUUUAACAAUAAGAACUUACAGGCUUAUUAAUUUUAAAAGCUUAAAAAUCUCUAAAUUAAAUUUAAAAUGUAAAUGCAUUUAUAUUGAUUUAUAUUCAAAUAUUGUAAUAUAAUUUAAUGAAGUUUAAGCCAUGUCACUUUGUGUGAUAGUCUUCAAUAUCAUUUUAACCAGUCAAUUUGUUUAGGUGGAAAGACUCGUCACACAAUAAACCCUUCCUUCAUCUUGCAGAUCUUUCGGACCCAUUUAAAACAAUUUUAAAAACGGGUCAAAAUGACCCACAAGACCACAGAAGUGUGGAAAUUACCUUAUGAACACUUCUGAAAACAGUAUCUUUUCAAAGAUUCUCAGCAUCACACAUUGCAUACAGGUACAGUAUGUAAAAAAAUGCAAAGAAACUCAAUAAUACAUUAUUAAUGUGCUGCUCAAAAGAUACAAGGUUCCCAGAUCGCUCAAAUAAAUAAUCUUAUAACAUACUAAUAUAUAAUAUAUUCAAUUUUAAUAAAUCGAUAUAUAUAUAUAUAUAUAUAUAUAUAUAUAUAUAUACACACACACACACUGUAUGUCACUGUGAAGUGCUUUAAUUUGUAGCAAGAGAUACAGGGGGAGUGACUUUAUUGUGCCCAAGAUGUCCCUUGCUGUCAGCUGAUUGGUCCAGUAUGUGUUUGCAAUCUGUUACCCAGAAUAAACUUGCUCUGGGGCUGUUAGCCAUGUAGCCAAAGUUACCAUGGCGAUUAAUACCAGUAAAAACUGACCCACAUUCUUGUGGCCAGAAAAACUAAGUUUGCUCAAACUAAACUCAAACUCGCCUGGGUAGCCAAUAAAAUGGCUUUGCGAGACAGACUUUAAGAUGUUCAAACAAACAUCGCGAAACAGAGCCACAGUGUUUACACUUUUGCGGUGAAUCAGCCUAUAAAAUGCUAACUUAGUUAUCUUUGUAUUUUAAGCUGGGAAGUAUUUUAAUAAUAAUAAAAAAUUGCUUUGAUUUCAAGUUGAAAUAAAUGUUCAACAUUUCUAAGUAAUACAUGAGUGAACUGGUUAAAGGUCUGAAUACUAUUGCAAGGCACUGCAUAAGCUUCUUGCAAAAAAAGAGAGUCUGUUUGGGGUGGAAAAACCAUAAUUUAACUCAACAUAAAAGAUGAGAAUGUUUAUGCAAUUCAGAUUUUAUAUCAAAAUGCCUGAAAAUUCUUCUUCUCAAGUUUUUCUUAUUCAAGAAAUUACUAUAUUUAAUGAUAUAACACCACAAAUCAUGUUAAUAUUUAAAUUGAACAGGAACCAACAAUUUUUUGGCAAUUACAUAGAAUUACUUUUUUUUUUCUUUAAUGAAACUUUCUCUUGUGUGUCUGUCUGUUGCUUUUUAACAGUGACAAAUUGACAUAUUGACUUACAUCAGUUGUGAUGUGGUAUCUUUCUUUUCCAUUCUAUCGUUCAGUGCAAAACCUGUCAAAUGUGUGAGCUUAAUUACAAAUAGUCUCUUCCACAUUUUUUUACAGGUUUAUAAAACAGGUUUAUGUUUGGUAUAAUUUUCAAUUUAACUGCAGUUGAUUGUUGACAGCUCAUUAAUUGACAGAUUCGAACAAUUACAUUUGGGUUGCUUUACAUGUCAGUCCAGGCUUGCUCAGAUUAUUAUUAUUAUUAUUUAUUUUUCUUUUUUUGUUAAAAUGGAUUGCACAAAUAUGAUCAUACAUGUAUACAAAUACAAAUCUCAUGAACUUAAAAGUGUUUUUUAGAAAAAACUACGACAUUUGUGAAGAGCACAUGUAAAUAAUAUCUAUUGUUACAUAUUUUAUUGCUAUCUGGGAAACAAUAAAUCAUUUACCAUGCUUUUUGGUAGUACUG